GCUGUGCUAGCAGAAGGAUUUCAAUAUUGACGCGCAUUUGACGCUCUCGCGGUCGUCGUGAAGUGUACGAAAGCAAGCGGCAUUAUCCGCGAUAGGAAUCGCCCUCCACGGCCAAAGGAACGCGACUUAUCGACGAUAUACAUUGACGAGGAACAAUGUCGGACGCGAUAAUAGAUGAACGAGUGACUGAUGAAAUUGAGGCAUUGAAAGCAAUCCUGUUGGACAAUGAGCUUAACAUCAAGGAUAAUGAUAGUGGAGAACCAGAAUGUAUCGAAACAAUAUUGUUUCCGUCAACUGGGGAGGAUUCACAGUCACAAUAUGUUUGCGUUACACUAGUUGUACGAUUACCUUUGGGUUAUCCUGAUGUUUCACCGACUAUCAAUCUGCGAAAUCCAAGAGGAUUGGAUGAGGAUACGGUGAAACUAAUGCAAUCUGAUGCAGAGGCUAAAUGCAAAGAUUUCAUAGGUCAGCCAGUCAUGUUUGAAUUGAUUGAGUUAAUACGGGAACAUUUAACAAGGAGCAAUCUUCCCACCGAUCAGUGCGCAGUCUGUUUGUACGGUUUUCGGGAAGGAGAUGAAUUUACAAAAACGGAAUGCUAUCACUACUUUCACUCGCACUGUCUGGCGGCACAUGUUGCCGCCGCUGAAAGAUAUUAUAGAGAAGAGCAGGAGAAGUUACCGCAAUGGCAACAGGAUACCACGAAUAAAUUUCAAGCUAUAUGUCCUGUUUGCCGAGAGUCAAUCAACUGCGACGUCGAGAACUUGUGGUCGGCACCUCCGCCAAUUGAUGUCGAGGCCGCUACCGAUUUCUCUGUCACCGCCGAAUUGAGAGAAUUGCAGAAACAGAUGGCUGCUCUGUAUCUGCGGCAGCAGCAACGAGGCGGUAUAAUCGAUUUAGAAGCCGAAGGUGUUAAGAUGUUGGUAAGAACGGACGACGAUCCUGCCGCUAGCACCGAAGAGGUCAGUCCUCCUGGCACGAGUUUGAACGCGUAUUCAAAUACCACCUCUGUGCAACCGGUUUCUCAAGUGCACUCAAAGCCAACGCAUCAGACACAGAAUCACCAUCACUCGCAGUUCCAGUCGCGCCAGGUGCAACACAAUCAUGGCCAUAAUAAUCAUAAUCACGGUCACCGACACCGAGGUCGCGGCCGGGCCCAUUACCGGCGUCACUUUGACAGAGUCAGACACGCGGAAUCUACUCCCAGAUGACAAUGGGCUCGUGACACGCUCGCCGCUCAAAUCUGGUCUGGUCCUCUCUUCGCUCUUUCGCUAAGUGUAUACAAUAUUCUGAUUAGCAUUAGUAGCGUAAUCGUCAAUGUAAUAUACAAUGGUUGUCUAUCCUCCUCGAGUAGUUUCGCCGCGAUUAUAAACUUAUAGGUGUCGUUGUUCGACGGCAGCAUCCUCAUUGUCAUCGUUAUGACGAUGAGGUGCGUCGCGACUUCCUGUUUGGGCUGUCUACAUAGACCGAAGCUGUGGUGCUCUCUCUUCGAACGAUCCGCAAUCGUACAAAGUAGCUGAUAUUGUUUCACCUUAGUUCCUUUUAUUCUUUUCUCGCUUUAUAAUUUGUGCGGGAUUUCGUGACAUUCGAUCCGUCGGUUCUCUUCGUCUUUCGCGUAAAUAAAUAAUAAUGUUUUAUAUAUUGAAAAAAGUCACAAACAGUAGCAAGUUUUUCCUCAACGUUUAAAAAUAUCGUUAUUUAUAAAUUUAUUAGACUCUCCUGAGUUUAUUUUAAAUUUAUUACAUUAAUUGAGCAUCGGUUGCAAAGAUCUCAAUUAUAGUUUACACAUCUUUUUAUUCAAAAGUUUUACAACCUUAUUAGUUCAUUUAUGUUAAGUGAAAAAAAAAAAAUUAUACUUACCGUAUGUCAAGAAAAGGUACAGCAAUUUUCAACUUGAAAAGGAAAUUUUUGAGUGACAUCCGGAAAAAUUACUUCUGUUUUCCUAAAAUAGAUCAUCUAAGGACUAAAGAAUAUACAAAUUAGAAUGUCUUCGCGACCUUAGACUAUAUAAUAUUCAUAUGUGUGCAAUCAAAUAAUAAUGUAAGAAUUAUAAUAAUUAAAAAAUACAAAGAAGUUAAAUAUUGAUAUAUAGUAAGAAAUAAACUUAAAUUAGGUGUUAAAUUAUCAUUCCGCUACAAUUACAUUGCAUCGAGAAUUACUGAGCAGAUAGGAAAAGAAAGCGCGCUUGAAGCAAUUUAAUAGCAGUGCAAUUUUUAUCGACAGCGCGAGUAUAGAUAGAAAUUGAAUUCCCAAGCGAUACAAUUUUAGAAGGCGAAGAGAACCGAUGUUUCAAAUAUCACCUUACUUUUAUAUUCACUGCCACGAGUGCGAGAAAGUCACUCAAAUUCAUCUGCAAUGAUUAUCUUUUUUUGAUUUUAUCGUCUCUGUCACGAUGCUGAUAUUACGCAUAUAAGUACUUUUUAAUUUUUUAUUUUUUAUUAAAAAUGAUCUAUUAAAAGAAAUGCAUCAAAUUUGCAUUUAAGACAUUAGUUGCUUCACCUGACGCAUUCUUUUUAAAUGCACAAUCCUAGACGAUAAUAUUAAAAAAAUAUAACAAUGCGAAUAGUUUACAAUUCAAUCUCGUGCAACAGUGAGUUAUAAGAACAUUUAAGCAAUCAAAAAUUCUAUUUAAAAAAUAUUUUAUACUUUAUAUGAAAUUAACAUAAUCAAAAUUAACGGACACCAUUUAUUAUGCUCAGCAUAUGAUACUGCAUAACGCACUGGAUUAUAAUCGAUAUAGCUUUGAUGAAUUUAAAUUCAACAAAAUUAUAUCAAUUUCUACUCCUGUUCUAAUAUUCUUCUAAAUAUUUAAUGACAAUUAUA